AUGGAUCGAAGUUGGAUGGUAGCUGAUCGUUUAAGUGAAGAAUACGAAGACGGAGUCGAAGAGUUUAUAAGAUUUGCGAUUAAGAAUGCAACUGAUGUCAACCUUAUUCCCUUAAAUGCGGAAGAAUUGGAAGAACAUCUAAUAUGCAAUGAGAUAGAUGAAAAAUAUGCUUGCUGGACAAAGCACGGUGAGAUACAAGGUGGAAGUACAUCAACUAACAUGGAAUCAAGUGUCAAUUACUCAGAGACAUUUAGAACAAAUAAGAGUGAUCAUGCUGAACAAAUUCCAAAUGCUGUUGAAGAAGAUCUUAGAGAUUGUCCAAAGAUGUUUGACAGGCUGAAAGAUGAUGCAAAAACACCAUUGUAUAAUGGAUGUACAAAGUUCACAAUAUUGAGUUCUGUUUUAAAGCUUUAUAACUUAAAAGCCUCAAAUGGAUGGACUGAUAAGAGCUUCACAGAGCUGCUAAGUUUAUUACAUGAGAUGCUGCUGAAGGAUAAUGUGCUACCGAAGAGAACAUAUGAGGCUAAACAAGUACUUGCUUCCAUUGGAUUGACCCAUGAAAAGAUACAUGUUUGUUCUAAUGACUGCAUUUUGUUUCGAAAUGAGUAUGCAUCACUAAGGAAAUGUCCAAAGUGUAAUGUAUCACGAUACCUAAAGAAAGACACAACACCUGCGAAGGUCGUGUGGUAUUUUCCACUAAUACUGAGGUUAAGACGUCUUUUUCGUAGUGCAGAAAAUGCAAAGCAGAUGACUUGGCAUGCUGAAGGUCGAAUUAGAGAUGGAAAGCUUAGGCAUCCAGCAGAUUCUCUGCAGUGGAAAAAAUUUGACAAUGAUCAUGAAGAGUUUGCAAUUGAAACAAGGAAUAUACGUUUUGCAUUAGCAACUGAUGGAAUGAAUCCACAUGGCAUGCAAAGUAGCACCCAUAGUACAUGUCCCAGUGGAGAAGAAAUAUUUGAUGAGGUUAAACAUAUAAGAAUAACAUUUGGAAAACCUUUUGCCAAACAAAUUCCAACCGCAGGUUGGAAGAAGAUGUCAAUUUUCUUUCAGUUAUCAUACUGGAAAUCUUUAUACGUAAGAAACUUUGUUGAUGUUAUGCAUGUUGAAAAAAAUGUUUGUGAAAGUGUGAUUAGUACAUUAUUAAACAUUGUGGGAAAAAAGAAAGAUGGCAUCAAUGCAAGACUUGACUUGGUGAAGUUGGGAAUACGAUCCGAUUUGGCUCCAGUGAAGAAGGGAAAUCGGACCUUUUUACUGCCAACAGCAUGUACCCUGUCUAGAUAUGAGAAACGUGCUUUAUAUGAGACUCUUUAUUCAGUUAAGGUUCCAAAGGGGUAUUCAUCAAACAUUAAAAGUCUUGUAUCACUUAAGGACCUAAAGUUAAAAGGAUUGAAGUCUCAUGAUUGCCAUAUAUUAAUAGAGAAUUUAAUUCCUGUUGCUAUACAGUCUAUUCUACCGAAGAAGGUUUGUAUGGCAAUCACGAAGUUGUGUUUCUUUUUCAAGGUAAUAUAUGUAGCAAAGUGA